GUAGUAUAGAUUUGAACUUGCUUUCGAUCAGAACAACAUAAAUUCAAAACAAAUUUUUUAGACAUGUCGAAGUCGAGAUUUCCCAAAAAGAAUCUUAUUAAUUACAUAUCUAGACUGUCCCAUGUGGCGAAGACGAAGCCCGUAGCCAAUCGAAACAUUUUCGAUGUUCAGAGUGUCAAGGAAUUCGAAAAGAAAGUGAAGCGCAGUGACAAACCAGUUAUUGUGGACUUUCAUGCAAGUUGGUGUACUCCUUGUAAGGCACUUGCUCCACGCAUUGCCAAUCUUGUGAACGAACAGAGAGGAAGAGUGCAUCUGGCUAGAGUGGACAUCGAUGAGUUAACAGACUUGGCCUUGGAUUAUAAAGUGGCUUCUGUUCCCUCCCUGAUGGUGAUGCACAAUGGCAAGGUGCUAAAUCGAAUGGUGGGUCUUCAGACCUCGGAAUAUUUACGCGACUGGCUCAAGGAAAUCGUACGUCGCAGUAAUAAAGAUUGGACUAGUAGUUGAAACCCGAUAAAUAGGUGUCCUGUUGUAUGAGCAUCGUAUUAAAGUUGUAUUAAAAAUGACUUGUUUAUCAACGAGACAA